AUAAUAAUAAUAAUAAUAAUAGCAGUCGACCCUCUACAUCAACACCAUCUCCUUUAUUAUCUUCAUUAUCUCAAGUUCAUGAAAGUUUAAGCUCAUCCAUUUUAUCUCCCAAGUCUUUGAGUUUUCUAGAAAACAGUAGUAACAUUAGUGCUAAUAGUAGUGGACAUACUUCAUUCAUACAAGAAGAAGAAUCUUAUCCCACUCAUAGUACCUCAUCCCGAAAGCUCUCUCAAUUAUCUUUUACUAUUUCUAAUAAUAAUAAUAAUAAUACUGCUACUGCUGCUACUGCUGCUACUGCUGCUACUGCCGCUUCUGCUGCUUCUGCUGCUUCUGCUUCUGCUGCUGCUGCUUCUGCUUCUGCUUCUGCUUCUACUGAUAAUAUAGAAACAGUCGAGAUUGAUAUAUCCAAUAAAGAUAUAAAUCAUGUUAUAUUAUCUGAACAAGAUUUACCAUCAUCGAAUAGAAUGAAAUUACCGAAGCUUCAUGUAUCUAAAUCGUCUGAAACAGCCCAAUCUUCAAAUAGGCUCUACUUACCUACCACAAUUGUUGGAGAGGAUUUUGUACCUUGUAAGAUGCCCAUAAAGCAAACUGGGUUUUCAAUACGACAUACAAGGUCAGUCUCUGAUAGUGUCUUAUUUGAUCCAUUAUUUUUGAACUCAUUAGAUCCCAAGACAUUGCAUAAUACUACACAUGACACAUAUUAUUCAGAACAGCAAUGUGAACGAUCACAGACUUUAGCUGCCUUGUUACCACUACCAUUAUCAAAUCAAAAUCAACAACACUCUUCAUCUAUCAUUAGUGAAACUGAGGUCGAACUGAGGCCGAUCGUGACAAUGAAUAUUCAAACGUAUAUGACCUAUGAACGACUCUGUCAACAACAAAAGGCCUUACAACAUACAUAUGAAGAGAUGAAGGAUUUAGCGAAUCUCUAUGAAAAGACAGCGGCUCAACUAAAGGAGACCUAUGAAAGACGUGUAGCGGCCUUUUCAAGUCUUCAAAGGGAUUCACGUAAAGUGAUAGAUGAACAAAAUGAAACAGAAAGAAGAUUAAAAGAAGUAGAAGAUAGUAGUGCCAAACUACAUUAUGAAUUAAAAGUCUUGAAUGAAAAAUUGAAAGAUAUUGAAGAUAAUGUAGGUACAUUUUAUGGUAAAGUAGGUUUAUUGGAGCGUAAAAUGGAUGAUUCACAACAAUCAAUUACUACUAUGUUGAUUAUUGGGAAUUAUUUUAAUCAUUAUUGGCUUAAAGUUUGUGAAUGGAUUCAUUGGCUUAGUGGUAGCAAACAUACUUCAAAAAAUAACGAUACCCCUUUUGGAAAUUCAUAAUUAACUGCUACUGUUACAGCAGGUUU